CUCGCUAGCAGUUAUCUCUCCUCGCUAGACGUGGGAAUCACUCUAAGUUUUUGUGUGUGUGUGGGUUUUUUUUAAAAACCAAACAACUUAUGUUUAUGGUUUUUUUUUCCGCCCAGUGUUCUCUAUUUCUUGAUCCUGGCCAUUGUUCCUUAGAUUUGGGUUUACAAGCGUGCUCAAAGCUUUUGUGAACUUAUCAGGAUUUCUGAGAGGAUUCUGGGAGAUUUUUUUCCAUGAAAAAAAUGUGUUGAUAGUCUGCAUUUGGUCCAAAACAUUGGCCAUUAUUUUCAAUUGUAGAAUAGUGUGUGGGGAAAUAGGGCUGUAUGUAUUUAUAAAUUAAAAUCGGAAAUUCCUGUUUUAUAUUCGGCUUACAGUGUGGAUAUUAAAGGAAAAUGUCUUCUCAAAUUGUUGACUAAAGAAAAACAAACAGGAUAUACAUUAUACCGAAUCAAAUGAUUCCUCUAAUCAAGGUGACGAUAUAAUGGUGUCAAUUAAGACAGUGUUUAGAUCUAUUAACAAUGCUAAAGACACAUUAUUCUAGAGAGAAAGAUACGUCAAGACUCUUGUUCUUUGACAGUUUGAAUCUUAGUUAAUGUACUCACUUGGAGUCUUCGGUUUUGUGCUUUAUUUAUUCCCCUUGCGAUAAAUGGAUCAUAGUGACGUCACCGGCCUUAUGAUAAAUGGAUCACAUUGACGUCAUCGCAGACACUCACGUCAAGAACGGUGACGUCAUCGGCAGCGCCAAGAAAUCCCACAAGAGACGGGCACCCGACAGGCCGGAGCCCUUCCACUCGCUUGGACCAGAGUUCGGGCCGAACUACGGGGGAUCGUUCAAUGGCUCUUUGCCCCGAGAGCCCAACGGCUCUGCCUCCAGGAUCGAACAGCACGCGAAUCGCUCAGAGCAAAACAAGCCAUUAAAACGGCAGAGAAGCAACAGAUCUGCUCGAAGCACCGCAUCAUCAGCCAGAAGAAGGCAACAUGAUGAUGGCUGUGUCACAUGUUUGAGAGGCACUUUACAUUGCUACAAUGUUUGUAUAUUGAUUAUUGGAUGUGCAGCAUUAGGUAUUGGAAUAUGGCUCUUAGUUACAGACUUUGGGGCUAGAAAAGUGACUCCUGUUGUAGGGAAUCAAUUGUAUGAAGUGACAACUUACCUCUUGAUAGCAGGUGGAGGUGCAGUGGCGUUGCUGGCAUUUUGUGGCUGUUGUGGAACAAUACGGGAAGACAAAUGUGUCUUGUCAUUUUAUGGGACAACAUUAGCCAUUGUUCUAAUUGUACUAGGUGUGGCCUGUGGAUUAGCUUUUUUCUUCAGAAGUGAGUUAGCAGGCCACAUACAAGGUAGAAUGAAACAAACUCUAACACUAAACUACGGUGUUGAAGUACGCACAAAUGCUGAAAAUAAGCGACUGACUGAUGCUUGGGAUGCUAUGCAAAGACAGCUCCAAUGCUGUGGUGUUGUUGGCAAUUUCACAUCAUUAGAAGGUUAUAUUUACUAUUCUCUCAACACCAAGUGGAUUACAAGUCAAAAAAGUACCAACCAGAAGGUUCCAGAGAGCUGCUGCUCCUCUGGCGAUGUCAAAAUAUGCACAGGAGAAGCUGAUUUCAAUGGUCCUCCCCGAUUCUUUAAUAGUGAACUUUUUAAGCAGACCAAUCCUUUUCUAUAUACAAAUGGAUGUUACGAUGCAUUAAUAAAAUACCUGCAGACAUAUUCAGCAGUAGUGGGAACUGUAGCAGCCGUUGUGCCUCUUUUUUUGGUAUUUGGCAUUAUUAUAUCAUUCUGCCUGUGUUCUAGAGUUUCAGGCUAUGGGCACGAUGAUGAAGUAGAUUUAUAGCCUGAGGAUGAGGACACAGAGACUUGUUAACCUAAUAUUCCAAUGUUAUUGUAAGCCAUGGUUCAGCCGCCAACAUUGUACUAUUGAGAGAAGUUUCCAGUGUUAUUCUUAAAGACCUAGAAUGUACUGUACAAAGAACAAAGUUCUGAAGUCAGAGUCAAAAUCUAAAUGAAACAGAUAAAAACUGAAUCUUCAACUCGAAAAUCAAACCAGCAUCCAUCCAUAUAUUAAUUUUAAAAAAUUCUGUUUACAAUGCGAUUAAGAAGCAACUUUUUUUUUCUAGUGUACACAGCUUGUAAUUGAGAGGGAUAUAAUUGUCUUGGGAUGUUGAACAGUGGCCUAUCUCUACCCCACAGUUCAUUGGCUGUGUAACAUAGAAUACACACAUUAUUGAAAGUUUACUUGCACUGAAAUUUCAGCACAUCUAAAAUAGUUGUAUGUUUAGUGACAGCUGACCUACACCUUAUUGUUUCUGUUUAUUGAAAUGUGGUCUUUAUAAGAGACACACACAGAGAGAAAGGGGAAAAGUCUUACAGAUUUGUUUUUCUGGCUUGUUGGUUUGAUUGAAACUUAUAAUCUGAUGUAGAUCACUUGAUUUCUAGAUUCUGAUGCAUUCUGUGUAUCUUGGUUUUAGGCACUUGGUUGCUGUUCCUGAAUGUACUGAUCUUUAACUCUAACCCAAUCAGACAUAAAAUACUUCCCCCUCCACCUACAUUCCAUCUUGAUUAUUUUUUUUUUCCUUCUUCUAAUCACCGAAACUAAAUAAAAACGCAACAGCAGCUAACAUUUAUCUUUCAGUCAGUCAUCAAAUAUUUGUUCUUGAUUUUUGUUUCUUUUUCGGUUUGAAAGUUUUGUCCAAAUAUCUAGGCUAUUGAUAUUAUGUUUCCUAUGUCAUUUUUUAUAUCAUUGUCUAACAUAUGAUAUUUGAUGGUAGAUUUUAUGAAAUAGGUUUGAUUUAUAGACAACAUAUUCAUGGUUGAUACUAGACUUGUUAUAAAUGUCCUCUUCCUUUUUUUUUUUUGAAUUCUAUUUCUGAGAUAGUCCUUAUGAGCUAUUUUGAGAAAUAUAAACUUCAGAUUGUUUUUUCCUUGUGAUACAAAGUUGAAAAUAAACAUUUUGCUUGGAAAGGCUUCAGACAAGUUACAUGUAUGUCUUUGUUAGCUGUCUUAGUAGAGAAGUAGCUGUUAUUUGGCAAAUAGCAGUCUUGGUAGACAAGUGAAUGUCUUGGAAGAGAUGUAGCUGUCUGUCAUUUGGCAUGUAGCUGUCUUGAGACUGGUUCAUAAAUGGCUUAAGUUCCACUUUCAGACCUCAUGAUUAAUAGGGCAGAUGAUGUAAAGGUCAUCUGUUUCUGUGGCCCACAGUUGAAGAAGGUGUCAUGUGGCCAGUACAAUGACCAACCACCUUUACUUUUCCCCAACUAAUGUCAGGUACCCAUUAGAGCUGGCUAGAUUCAGAGUAGCCCAAAGAUCCUGAAAUUAAAAAUCCCAGUCUACACCAGGAUUUAAACCUACGACCCCCCAGUUCGGAAGCCAAGUCAUAAAUCACCGCAUCUGUCAUAAAUGGUUAGAAAACUCAAUUUCCUGAUAUUUUUUUUUAUUCCCUGUUUCACUUGCACAUAACUUUCAAAGUAUUGUUUUCUAAAAAAUGUGCUUUUUUUCUUUUCACUUUAUAAUUGUUCUUUACUGGAACAGUUAAGUUAAAAAAAUCAAUCAAUAAUUUAUGGUCUGGAUUUGAGUCCUCACAUUAUUUGUAUAUUUGUUUGUUGAUUCCAGAUUUCUCUUUACCUAGGCUUCAACCUAUAUCUCAUCACUGGCUUAGUAUGUUGAUCCCUGACAAUAACAUUGUAAUUCUGCUGUUAUAUUCAUUCUGUAUAAUUUAUCUGUAAAAUGAAUACAUUAAAAAAAAAACAUACAUAAAUUCCAUGUACUUUGCAGGAGUGUUCUAAGAUAGCCAUGGUGUAGUAUUUCAUUUUCUCUGCACCUGUUGGCAGACCAUUGUUUUACUUGAAGAGUAAGUGCUGGUAAAAAGUAGUUAGUCAUUUCAGAGAGACCAAAGUUUUUUGUUUUGUUUUUGGCAGCUUUACAGUAUAUGAUGAAGUUGUGUGAGUGUGGUCACAUAGCAACUCAUAAAAGUUGUGUGAGUGUGGUCACAUAGCAACUCAUAAAAGUUGUACGGUAUGGGGAAUUAAUGACAUUUCAAUGAGAUUAAACAUUUUUUUUUUUUUGUAACUCAUAAAUUAAUUUGUACACAGCAGCAUUUCAAGCCAUCUAUUAACAGGACUUUCUACUUAUUGCUUCUGUUGGCAUUCAUUUCAGAUUAUUACUUAUUUCAGUUAUAGCUUUUGUUGGCAUUAGGACUAUUUGUAAUUUCAUUUUAAUACUUUUGCUGCAUUUGUACAGCACUGUUCAAUUCCCUUUUACAGCUUUUGUUGGCAUUCGUUUAGGGUUGCUUUUUGAACAAUAACUUUUAACAGCUUGCUAAAACUAUUUUUUUUUGCGAAUGUAUUUAACUUUUUUUUGUUUUGACCUGCAUUAUUUAUUCUGUUGAUUAGGAAGAAAAUUGUAUGAAGGCAGUAAUGUUGAGGAGUAGAAGUACGUAGGUACAGACUAAAGAUAGUAGGCAAUCAAACUUGUGGUCUUGCAAGAACAAAUGGCUUCACCUCAUGCGUACGUCCUUCCAGUGCACUGUGUAGUGUUUAGCUUAGUGAUGCCUUUCAAAUCCUCAUUAUUUCAGCACAUUUAGUUAGCGCUGCCAUCUUUUAUCCUGGUUCUUCCUCAACUGGCUCUUCAAUCAGACUUGUACUUAAACUUGAUUGGCUGUUGUUAUUUUUAUUGUGUCAUUGCAAAUGGAACUUUUCACACAACUAUUUUAUUGCCAUAACCAGAUACAGUCAAACAUUUUGUCACUAACUUAUUGAAGUAAUGGGAAGAAAUUCUCUUUACUAGCCAGAUUAGAAAAAAUGGGAGAGUUUCCCUUGUAUUUCCAGCAAGCAUUGUUUAAAAUGCAAAAAAAAAGGAGUUAUUAUACAGGGCAGAAUCUUCAAAUUAAAUCAGGGUGAACUUGAUAGUGGUACUUCCUGUUCGAAAAAAAUGCACCAUAACACCAAAUUUUUAAAUUUUGUUUUUGGUAUUUGUGCAAACUUUGGUGUCUAUAGGAUUGACUAUAUUUGUCAACAACAAAUAUACAUUUAACCAAUGAUCUUAUAAACUCUAAGGCUGCAUUGUUCUGUUAGUUUUGAGACAUUUCCCUGGUGUUGACUGUGAUAAAAUUGGAGUGUGGUGUUAACCUACAAUUUUUCAAAUAUCUGUUUCAUUUAUUAAAACAAAUGCACUUCUUGAUUUAUAAUGUUGCUAUUAAUGGACAUGAACUGUGUGUUGUUUUAUUCACAGUUUUCAAAUAGUUUUAAUGAUUUAUUGAAAAAAAUUUAGCCAGUUUUAAAUCAUUGUUCUGAUAUAUGUAGCCAAAGUUUUAAUUCAGUAGCGAUAUAUGUAGCCAAAAUUUAAAAUUACAGCUAAGAAAAGAUAUAAACUGGAAUUACAAGUCAUGGACAUGCUUAUAGAAUUAUCACAUUUUUUAGGCUAAUUAUUUACUAAUUUAAGGAAUUACUGUCAGUUCUGAUUUCACAAAGAAGAGAAGACUAGUUAAUCUUUAGCUGGAUAAGUUGAUCAAGUCUCUUGCUUGAAAUAUUGAGCCAUGUAUGGUGUGGCAUUCUGUAUAAGCAUGUUGCAUUUCAAUUAGUUUAUGUGGAGACUUGCUGCAUUAGUUUACUUCAAACAUCUGAAAACUUGAGUUUUACCACACAAAAACAUUUGAUUCAGUUUAAGUUUCCCCUUAACACCAGUUCCAAUGACAACAGUGUGUGGAAGCAAUUGUUUGUUUCAUACAACAGUCUGUCAAUAAAAAGGGCUAUUUCAAAUUGGGGAGUUCAUUUCUCUUUGCAUUCAAUUUUCUAUAUUUGUAUUACCUGGUGAUGUUUGAAAAUUGUGAGCUGUUAAAGUUGUUUUGAUUGGAUCAGACUGAACAUUUUGAAAAGCAAAGCAAUAACAAAGCUCUUUUGUGUUUGUUUGUUUUUUCAAAGGGUAGCUUGUUUGAAUGUCCCAGAUUUUUAUGUUUUGUUGAUUUAAAAAUGAAUUGAUGAAAUGCCUCUGGGAAAUCUCAGGCAUUAUGUAUUCCAGCACUCCAUCUGUGUGUUGUUAGAGUUAUGUCUUUGAUUCAGUUGAGAAACUGGGUUUGUCUGUGUCUGUUUUAAGUAUUCACUUACCUAUAUCAGCAGCAUCAAAUGUAUACAAUUUUGUUCAUGGUAAUUUAAUAGUGAAUGGUCAGUGAUUAGUUUGUCCUAAUGUCAACCUUGCGCCUUUAAGAAUUAUUUAUUAUUGACUGGAAGAGUGUGAAGCCCUUGUUAUGUUAGAUCAUAACAAAUGCAGAAUUUUGUUAUGUCUUGCUUUUUUUUUUUUUUUUUUUAAACUUAACUUGUUUGUAACAUUUCUGGUAGAUGUUUUCUUUAAAAAAAAAUAAAUUUUUAACUGUUAACUAAUUGAAUUAUGAAAUCAGUAUCUUAAUGAUUCUCUGUAGAGCUCUAAACUAAUGAUCUUUUUUUAAAAUUUAUCCUGUGCUUUACCAUUUAGAUCUAGUUGACCACAAUCCAAACAUUUGUCCUUUUAAAUGUCACCUUGUUAAUUCUAGCAUAUAAUAGUCUAAAAAUCAUUGUUUCAACUUGUAAAAAUCAAGUCUAAACUAUCAGAAAUUUUGUUAUAUAUAUAUAUAUAUUCAUGUAUGUUUUGCUUGACUAUUGAAUGAUUUCCUCAAUUGAUACUUUGUUACUGAGACAAUGUAUGGCCAACAUCUGAUUCAUUCUGUAAAUAAUCUUUCAUACACAUCUGGUUGAUUCAACUAAGGACAUUAUUUCUUUUUGUAUUAUAAAUUGAAUGAGUGUAAAAGAUUGGCAAGAAAUAAAUAUUUUGAUAACCA